GGAGGACAGGAAAAGAAGCAAUAAAUGGAAUACCCACUUUGAAAAAGACUCUUCCCUUUUAAUUAAUUGUUCUUCUCUCUAUUGUAUAAACCCAAACAUUAUAUUCUCCCAUCCUCUCUCUCCAUCUUCUUAGCUUCUCCUAUUCCUUUCUUGUCUUUCUAUACACAGAGCUUCUUCUUCUGCAGCUCUCUUGUGGAAAAUUUCCAUUCCAUGAACAUCAUUGAUCAUACCACAACACAAGCCACAAACUUCUGUUGUCUUCCUAGUUAGUCCCUUAAGUUAUACAAACUCUCUUUUCCAUCCCAAAUUGAGUUGGUUUCUAUUCUGUUCCCAGCCAAUUUAAUGGAAGUUUCCAGCAGAAGGAGGGCUCUGCUCAAAGUCAUCGUCCUUGGGGAUAGUGGGGUGGGGAAGACAUCCUUAAUGAAUCGAUAUGUGUACAAGAAGUUCAACCAACAAUACAAAGCGACAAUCGGUGCUGAUUUUGUGACGAAAGAGCUUCAAGUAGAUGACAAAGAUGUCACUUUACAAAUAUGGGACACAGCUGGGCAAGAGAGGUUUCAGAGCCUUGGAUCAGCGUUUUACAGAGGAUCGGAUUGUUGUGUUCUUGUGUACGACGUUAAUGUGCUUAAAUCGUUCGAAACACUGACUAACUGGCAUGAUGAGUUCUUGAAACAGGUAGAUCCAGUACAUCCAGAUGUAUUCCCUUUUGUGCUACUUGGGAAUAAGAUUGACAUUGAUGGUGGAAACAGCAGAGUGGUUUCAGAAAAGAAAGCAAGAGAAUGGUGCAGUAGUAAGGGAGACAUUCCAUACUUCGAGACAUCAGCCAAAGAGGAUUACUAUGUAGAUGAUGCCUUCCAAUCCGUAGCCAAAGUUGCCCUUCAAACCGACAACCAACACGACAUUUACUACCAAGACAUAUCAGAAGCUGUUUCCGAAGUUGAUCAAAGAGGGAGUUGUGCAUGCUAUAACGUUCGACAAAUAUAUGAGCAUCUAAGAUUAGAUGAAAGCAUGAUUCAAACUACGUGAGUGUGAGAUCAACCAUUUGAGUCUCCUACGUACCAAAUUUCAUUUCUAGCGGUUAUAUGACUAUUUGGAGCUAAUUUUUUUCCCACUCUCUUUCUCUUCAUUGAUUCUAUUCAUUAGUGAGCCUAUACUU